GUAACUUCAAAACAAACCGGGUACAUCGCGGCUAUUUGACAUAUUCAAUCUGUAUCAGGUAUCGAUUUCGCGAGAAUAAUUCUUAAUAUUCAGUCGAAAUAGCUUAUUCUUAUAUUAACCCAAUAAAAGCCAAAAAUGACUGCAUUUGAGGAAUUCGGUGUAAUGCCGGAAAUCGCCAAGGCGAUUGAUGAGAUGGAAUGGAUGCUUCCAACAGACGUCCAGGCGGAAGCGAUCCCCCUGAUACUGGGAGGCGGAGACGUGCUGAUGGCUGCCGAAACGGGUAGUGGAAAAACCGGUGCGUUUUGUUUGCCCAUUUUGCAGAUCGUAUGGGAAACACUGCGGGACAUUGGGGAAGGAAAAGUGGGCAAGGCGGUAGGGCACAGAGCCAAACCGUGGACACUAUCGUUUAUGGAUCGAGGUAACGCCCUGGCCGUGACCCCCGAUGGGUUGCGAUGUCAGUCGCGUGAGUUCAAGGAAUGGCACGGCUGUCGAGCAACAACGGGUGUUCGUGGGAAGGGCAAGUAUUACUACGAGGCGACGGUAACCGACGAGGGUCUGUGUCGGGUGGGUUGGUCGACGGAGCACGCGAACUUGGAUCUGGGAACGGAUAGGUUUGGUUUCGGUUUCGGUGGAACGGGAAAAAAGUCCAACUGCAAACAGUUUGAUAACUAUGGAGAGGCUUUCGGAAAGAUGGAUGUUAUUGGUUGUAUGCUUGAUCUGGACCGCGGGGAGGUUAGCUUUGCCAAGAACGGGGUAUCGCUCGGAGUAGCUUUUAAGAUUAAUGACAACAAUCUUCGCAAUGGCAAUUUUUUCCCGGCUGUGGUGCUGAAGAAUGCAGAAAUGUCUUUCAACUUUGGUGAGUCCGAUUUCAAGCAUCCUAUUCCUGACGGAUUUGUCGCUGUUUGCAAAGUUUCGCAUGAGCAGCUCGCCGUGAAUUCGAAUACGGGAGAAGCAACCGCACAGGAUACGAAACCGAAACCAAAUGCGCCACAAGCACUGGUGAUCGAACCUUCGCGAGAAUUGGCAGAGCAAACUUUUAAUCAAAUUCAGAAGUUCAAAAAGCAUCUCAAGGAUCCGGAAGUGAGAGAAUUGCUGCUGAUUGGCGGUGUUAACAUCAAGGAUCAGAUGGAAAUUCUGCAACGGGGUGUAGACAUCAUUGUUGCCACUCCCGGUCGCCUGGAGGAUUUGAUAAACAAUGGAUACGUUCUACUCAGUAGCUGUCGCUUUUUUGUUCUGGAUGAAGCCGACGGAUUGCUGAAGCAAGGCUACACAGAACUUAUCGAGCGUUUGCACAAACAGAUCCCCAAAAUUAAUUCCGACGGAUGUCGACUGCAAAUGGUGGUCUGCAGUGCCACACUUCACUCGUUUGAGGUGAAAAAACUCGCCGAGCGAUUGAUGCAUUUUCCGACAUGGGUCGAUCUGAAGGGUGAGGACGCGGUUCCGGAAACCGUGCAUCACGUUGUUUGCCCGGUUGAUCCUCAAAAAGACACCAGCUGGCAGUCGUUGCGAUCUCACGUUCAAACGGACGGUGUGCAUGCGAAGGAUAAUGUUAGACCCGGAUCGAACACAGCGGAAACUCUGUCGGAGGCAAUCAAGAUGCUGAAGGGGGAAUACACCGUUCGAGCUAUCAAUGAGCACAACAUGGACAGGGCGAUCAUCUUCUGUCGCACGAAGCUCGAUUGUGACAACAUGGAGCGUUACUUGCGGCAAGUUGGUGGUCAGAAGUAUUCCUGCGUUUGUUUGCACGGAGAUAGGAGACCGCAGGAGCGAAAGGCCAAUUUGGAGAAGUUCAAGAAUAAAGAAGCCAAAUUCUUAAUUUGUACCGAUGUGGCAGCACGAGGUCUUGAUGUUUCAGGUUUACCGUUCAUCAUCAACGUAACGCUUCCGGACGAGAAGAGCAACUACGUUCAUCGCAUUGGUCGGGUAGGUCGCGCGGAACGUAUGGGUUUAGCCAUUUCCUUGGUUUCGACCGUACCGGAGAAAGUUUGGUACCACGGUCAGUGGUGCUCAUCUCGGGGCAAAAAUUGCUGGAACACAAAUCUCACCGACGUCCAAGGGUGCUGCAUGUGGUACGAUGAAAUGGCUUAUCUUGCAGAGAUUGAAGACCAUCUAAACGUUACUAUUCAACAAAUUGAUAAAUCCAUCAAGGUGCCAUUGAAUGAUUUCGAUGGUAAAGUCACCUACGGUGAGAAACGAUUGAACACAGGUAGCGGAUACAAGGACCAUGUGGAGCAACUGACGCCGGUUGUAAAUGAGCUUGCACGGCUUGAGAGGGAAGCGCAAAGUCUAUUUCUGAAGCGUUCAACCAUGGUAAAUUUCUACUAAAUUUAUUAAAGCCACAAUUUACAAAACUAUACUUCAAUAAACAACUAUCAGCUA